AUGGUUGGGGGAAAGAAGAAAAAGAAGCCCGCGACAAAUCCUGCGCGCGGUUUCGCAACUACAUCUGUUGCUUCAAAGCCCAAAGCCGAAAUUGCUGAGUCGGAAACGACAGCCACCGAGCACACUCUCGAGACGCAACAGACGGAUCAGAUAUUGGCCGCGGAGAACCAUACAGAAGCUCCGGUAGUACAAGAAAAGACCUUGACAGCGGAGGAAUUCGAGAAACAACUCGAGGAUUCAGAGCUCCAAAUACUGGUCGAGAAACACUCUCAAAAAUCCAAGAGAGAUGCCCUCCGCCAGAAGACCAGGCUGGAGACCGAUCGACGUGUAUUGAGGAGUCAGGCCGAAAGUCUCAAUACGAGAAAAUGGCUGCCCACCGAGUUGAUGGAGGAGAUAAUGGAUUUGGUUAACGCGGAGGGGCGCUACACAGGACAGUCCAACGACUCGGGCAAUGUCAAGCAGGCAUCAGAGGAGGAGUUGAUAAUUCGUCUAUGGACCUUACAGCAAGCUCUCACCGGUGCAGGAUUUAUUGAGGAGAAGGUAUCCCAAGCUGUAAGGCAUGUUUUGGAUAUAUCGGACAAGAUAGGCACAGGGAACAAGGACGCAAUCUGGGGAAUGGAGGAAUCCUUAGACUGGCUUGCGCGCGAGUGCUCGAGAGAACAGCUUCCAGAUUAUGAUAAUUGGCAUCGAAAAGCAGGAGCUUUGUCACGAUCGCAAGCAGAAACACCCACUGAUAGUCCUCUGCCCUCCGGGACCACUACCCCUCGUAUUGAGCCUGACACGAGACAUAUAGGCGGGCCUAACAACAGCACUUUGAGAGUAGAGAGCCAACGCACUCCCACCAAGAAGCAGGCUGCGUUGGAUUACGACAGUGAUAUCGAUCCAGAUGACCUAUUACCGGCCUAUCUAGAUGCUAAGACGAAGUUGUUUCUCAACCAGCCAUCCGCGCCCAGAAAAGAAACUCCUCGCGGCAAAAUUCGCAGCAAGGUUGCAAGUGCGCUGACAGCUGCAGGUAGCACAGAUCCUGAGUCAGUAAAGUUGUUGAGGAAGAUCAAGAAGAUCGAGGAUGAUGUCUUAUUCGACAAAUAUCUUGCGGAUCAGCAGUGGGAGGCCAAGCGAAUCGAGCUCGAGAAAGAAGCAGCGGCAGCUCGAAAACUGGGUGAAAUUGGCUUGGAAAACAAUGAUUCGAAUUCCCAAGGGUCACAAACUCUAGUCGAUUCCGAUGACGAAGUCAGUAAGGAAGCUGCGAAGAUCGGAGCUGCAUUGCUCGAAGAGGCCGGAAGUGAUGAUGAUGAUGUGCUAGCCGAUCUGUUUGCGAGCCUGCCAGUCAAUGAAGUGGAUCCUCUUACUGGAAAGAGCACUACUGUGGUCAACGGCCCAAAUGGUAUCAAGGUCACUAUUCGAGAAUUUGGCAAAUGGUCUGGGAUUAAUCCGACAAGAGUGCUCGAAGAGGCUUGCCGUGCUCGCGAUUCGUCUGUAAAAUUAAACUUUACAUUGAUCUCUGACUCAAGCUUCUCGAAUCGACAUUCGCUCAGGAUCAUAUGGUCCAAGGCACAGGACAUCCCAGCAUCAGUGGCACCAUCCCCUGUGGACUACACCUCUUCCCCGAAGUCUCAAACCUUCACCAUGAUCUCUGUUUCUACUCCUGAUUCCAAGCAGUCCGAGGCCUACAUUGCUACUGUUGCAUUGUUCCUACUGUUCAGCUCUUCCGCGAAAGAGGAUAAGGUCUUUCUCCGUUUACCACCUGCGUGGAGAGAUCUGUGGACAGAAUUUGCAGAAACAAAGAAGGAAAAAGCAGACGAGACAGACCGGGCAAAUAUUCGUGUCUUUCGGGACAUGGUCCGCGAGAAAAGAGACCAGGAAUUAGAAGAUGGUGUUCUCAUUCAGGGAGCGUUCAGAAACCGCAAUGCUUCUCGGGCUCCUGAAAAUAGUGAUGAUUCUGGUACUGACAAGUCUAACAAGAGUCUGUUCGAACCAGAAGCUUACAAAAGAAUUUGGUACGAAAAGAGCAACACUCAGAGCUAUCAAUUUAUGCUGAAUUCGCGUAUGCAACUACCCAUGUGGGGCUUCAAGAAUGAAGUGCUUGCCGCUAUCGAUCGAGAGCAAGUUGUUAUCAUCUGCGGAGAGACAGGAUGCGGAAAGAGUACUCAGGUGCCAUCCUUCAUAUUAGAACACCAACUUUCGCAAGGCAAGCCUUGCAAAAUCUAUUGCACAGAACCAAGACGUAUAUCGGCGAUUUCCCUGGCUCGGCGUGUCAGCGAGGAGCUUGGAGAGCGUAAGAAUGAUCUCGGAACAUCGCGAUCUCUCGUUGGCUACGCGAUCCGCCUUGAGUCAAACACUUCAAAAGAAACACGACUUGUAUACGCAACUACGGGUAUUGUUAUGAGAAUGCUUGAGGGGUCCAAUGAUCUCAAGGAUAUCACACAUAUUGUUCUCGACGAAGUCCACGAGCGUACCAUCGACAGCGACUUCCUGUUGAUUGUUCUACGAAAACUCCUCGUUAGGCGUAGAGAUCUCAAGGUUGUACUGAUGUCGGCCACAGUUGAUGCUGAACGCUUCUCGAAGUAUUUGGAUGGUGCUCCGGUACUCACUGUCCCCGGGCGCACAUUUCCUGUUACAGUCAAAUACCUCGAGGAUGCUGUAGAGUUGACUGGAUACACCCUUGAUAACACAUAUCAAGAAAAGUUCACGAACCUAGACGACGAGGACGAGGCUCAUGCUAUAGAGGCAAGCGUCACAGAUGCGAAUAAGGCAGAACAUACGAAAGCUCUUAGGGGCUACAGUGGCAGAACAAAAAACACAAUCUCGCAGCUGGACGAAUAUCAGAUCGACUUCGAAUUGGUCACCCAACUUCUCGCCAAAAUUGCUUUGGACGACAAACUGCAAAUUUUCAGCAAGGCUAUAUUAGUCUUUUUGCCAGGUAUUGGAGAGAUUCGCAGCCUCAACGAUAUGCUUAUCGGCCAUCCUGUGUUCGCUGCGAACUGGUAUGUCUAUCCGUUACAUUCAACAAUCGCGAGUGAGGAUCAGGAAGCUGCCUUUCUUGUUCCUCCACCAGGUACUAGAAAAAUUGUCCUCGCAACCAAUAUCGCUGAGACUGGUAUUACUAUUCCCGAUGUAACUUGUGUUGUUGAUACCGGAAAGCACCGAGAGAUGCGAUUUGAUGAGAGAAAGCAACUCUCUAGACUCCUGGAAACAUUCAUCAGCAAAGCAAACGCUAAGCAAAGAAGGGGACGAGCUGGACGAGUGCAGGAGGGACUGUGUUUUCAUCUUUUCACUAAGUAUCGACACGACGAACUCAUGGCCGACCAGCAGACCCCAGAGCUUCUUCGCUUGUCACUGCAGGAUCUUGCCAUUCGUGUGAAGAUUUGUAAGCUUGGAGGCAUUGAGGAGACGCUGUCUCAGGCCUUGGACCCGCCCUCUUCUAAGAAUAUUCGUCGGGCUGUUGAUGCUCUGAUAGAUGUCAGAGCCCUGACUCCGGGGGAGGAUCUCACACCUCUAGGCACUCAACUCGCAAGACUGCCCUUAGAUGUGUUUCUUGGGAAGUUGGUUCUCUUCGGCAGCAUUUUCAAGUGUCUCGAUGCGUCGAUUACCAUCGCAGCUAUACUGUCCUCGAAAUCACCCUUCUCUGCACCGUUCGGAGCCCGAGCUCAGGCCGAUACAGUACGACUGGCCUUCCGCAGAGGCGACUCAGAUCUUCUCACUGUCUACAACGCGUAUUUAGCUUGGAAGCGAGUUUGUGUCACCGGAAACAAUGAGUAUCAAUUCUGCCGAAAGAAUUUCCUCAGUCAGCAAACGUUACUGAAUAUUGAGGACCUCAAAGGCCAACUCGUGGUUUGUCUGGUUGACUCAGGCUUCUUACCAUUGACGGGAGAGGAGCGUGCUGUAUUGAAUAGAACUCGGUAUUCCAAUAGACGCCGUCAGUUCUUCGAUAUACCUCAACGAGCAAAUGCUAAUAGCGACAAUGAUCUCGUAACCAGCUCAGUCAUUGCAUGGAGUUUCUAUCCAAAGCUGCUGAUCAAAGACGGUCGAGGAUUUCGUAACGUGGCCAACAAUCAGUCUAUCAGUCUGCACCCCACUUCUGUCAACAAAGGCCACCAUGAGCUUAAAUGGCUUUCGUACUACCAUAUCAUGCAGGCAAAGCAGUUCUACAACGCUCACGAAACAACCGCAGUCGAAGAAUUUUCCAUCGUUCUCCUAUGUGGCGAUGCUCGAUGCGAUAUGUACGCCGGCGUCUUCAUCCUCGAUGGUAACCGCGCACGAUUUGCUGUCUCUGACUGGAAGACAAUGCUUGUAAUCAAGACCUUAAGAGCGAAACUGCGUGAGAUCUUGACGAGGUCGUUCAAGAGUCCUGGGAAGCAGCUUACGGGACAGCAGCAAAAAUGGCUGGAUGUUUGGCAUAAGAUCUUUUCGCAGGAGUUCAAGGAAAAGUAG